AUGGUGGAUCACAACACGUUUUUAUCAAAGUUCCGCAGAAACCCCACAACCGUAUCUUCUUUCCCUCUUCUUUCCAGAACGGGCACCAAUGAUACUACAAAGUCUGACCAGUCAACUAUAUUCUCCACUACUUCCACGGAAACGGCUGCAACAAAUGUGUCCGCACCAAAGAGGUUUUUCAAAGUGAGGACCAGGUCAUCGCCUGGAGAGUUCAUCGUUCCGACUAUACCCCCUGCACCCGAGAAAAACCCAGACAAGCUCCGAGAAAUCAGAGACAUAGCGUUCGAGGUGGACAUGACACCUCGUAAGCCUGCCACAAAAAACAUCCAUCCGCUUGACCAGCCGAUUCUUCGAAGAAAAUACACAUCCGGCCAGGAAGAGCUUGACUCGGACAAGUACAACCUACAAAAUGCUGCCGAUUUGGUAGCUGCUAUGGUUCGCUUCAUGUUCAAGACGAUCCAGUCAGCCUGGAAUUUGGAGCUAUUCAUUAACGUUGCACUCACAAAAAACACCACAACUCGCAUUCAUGUCCCAUCGUUGGUGAUGGGGCUCUUCGGGAUUUAUCUACUCACACAUUCGUCGACACCUCAGUACUACCAGCCUCAAGCUGUGCAAAAUUCCAGUGCGUUGCGACUCGGCCCGGUUUUCAUCUUUAUUGCAUUAUUAGCUGUGGCUGCAGUGAUGUUUGGACAAGGUACCCAGGAAGAAGUACCAGAGCCUGUUACCAAAAAACUCAAACCAGCAGCACCCACUACGGCUCCUUACAUCAAUCCUGCGAUAGAAGACGAUGACGACGACUUGAUGCGAAGUGAAAGUUUUAAUUUCGGUUGGGAUCUCGAAAGUGACUUGCUUUCCGGUCAACUUUUGGUAAAUAGAUUGGAAUGUGUCAAGCUUGUAAUCGAUGUCAGACGAGUCCUUAGAGUCCAAGAGAACCUUGGCGAUUUUGUUACCACCAACAAGGUAUCUGACUCUCUUUCCAACGAUCUCAGUUGGGAAGACCAAGUCUUCCAAGAUCUUGUCGUGAACAGCAGUCAAGGUUCUGGAUCUUGGUCUCUUUUGGGCCUGUCUAGAAGUUCUACCUGGCUUUGGCAAGAUUCUUCUCUCAGCCAAGAAGACAACGUGUCUGUCAGGGAACUUCUUCUCCAAUUCUCUGGUCAAGGUGAUUUGAACUUUGUGGAAAGCGGUGAGCAAUGGCACUGGGACAAAAAUGACAAUAGCCUUUUUGUUACCCGAAACUUCAAUCUCCUUGAUAGACUUGAACUGGAGAGGUCUCAAGUCAGCCUUCAAAUCUGGAGAGUUGGUUUCUAA